UUGGUAGAUUAGUAGCUGUUAAUCUCAGCUGGAUUGAAUUUCAUCUGGCUGUAAAACAUGGGCUGCCUAUAUGCUUGUUAGUAUUUAAGAAGUCCUCUAGGUCAAUGGGUUUCACAUUUUAUGGCUGGCUUGUCCUAAGCUGAAAUGGAAUAUCAGAAGCACAACCCAUUUCCUGCAGAAUGUGCAAGUGGUAUUAACUAUGUAGCAGGUUACCAGAUGUAUAUUGCUGAUGUAUAUAUAACUCUGGCCUGCUACUUCACUAAACCAACAGGAAAGCCUCCUUUUGCUAUGUUCUUUGAGGAUAUGUCUGAUAUAAAGUGGGAUCAAUCAAAGGAGUUCCUAAGAUUUCUUAGAAGACGGGAGGGUAUGGUCAGGUUUCCUUUUAUUCGGAAAGCCAAAAUGGGUUACAUAAGAACUCCAGAAGAAGGCUUAACACAUGUUCUGAAUCUGGAGGUUGUGUUAACUAGGAUCAUGGAAUCCCUGAAGACCUCAGCUUCUCAGGCUGGUGAAACAUAUCUCAUACAAUUUGUUGAGGAGUUAUUGAUUAAACAGGAAAAGUGCAAAAAAUUUCUGGAAUGCCAUAUUUCAACUCAGAAGAAAUUAGAAGAAUACAGCCGGCAGAGAAGACAGUCUGAAAAUCCUGCUGGGGCAUCUGAACCUGGUGAAGACACUUCACUUAUGGCAGUAGCAUAUAAAAUCUUCUGAUUGUAGUCUACCUCAAAGUUGGCUAUUUAAUAGUCUUGAUCACUUCUUUUUUUCCUAAAGAUUACUUCCUUUUCUAUUUUCCUUAUUGUGCAUAGAAAAAGUGUAUUCCAUUAUAGUUAUGUGGAAAUAUAUUACCGUGAGAGAAUGUUUACUUCCACCAAUAUGAGAUUGACAAAAGCCACCUGAGGGACAGUGGAUCCAUUAGACAUAAAUGAACAAUCAAAAAUUACCCUCCUUUUUUUCCAAAAUUCAGAUUACCAUCAUGAUUUGGAAAAUUCAACCACUUACAAAUGAAUACUGUAGAAACUAUGUGGUGAAACAUUAAAUCUCAAUGUUCUUCCCUCAUCUGUUUAUGUAAGCUUACAAAUUAGUAGGAUCUUCAUUAUUUAAAAAAAAAAUUUAAGAGCAGGAAAAUUCAUUGGAGAAUAGGCCUGGGAAACAGGAAAAGCUCCUAAGAGACAGGAGGGGUCCAGAGUGCAUUGCCAAGGAGCUCCCUUCUCUAAGAAUGUUUUAUAGAGCAAAAUCAUGAGGUUGGUACAAUGUGGGUUAAAACUAUAUUCAAAAAAUAAGAUUACAAGUAUAGCUGCUCGGCUAAUAUUGAUCCAACAGUAGCAAGGGCAUAUGGAUGGCAUCAUUAAUGUUGGUUGAUAAUCUAUAGUCUUGAUCUUGUCUUUAGUCUUAAUCUUAAUAGUCUUAGUUUUAGUGUUAGUAGUCUUAGUCUUAAUAGGUGAGAUAGGAUGGCCCAUCCCUAGUGAGAUAAUGGUUUACGUUUAAGGGAAAUCUCAAAAUGAUGGUGCCAAUCAUCUCAAACUUCCAUUUAGCCUGUAGGGAAGUAUGAAAAUAUGGCCAUUUUGACUUAUGUGGCCUCCAGCAACAGUUUUGAUGUAUUCUGAUCUUCUGCACUGACUUCCUUGAGGGCAUAGGUUUAUCUGACUAUGUAUAACAUUUGUACCUAACUUAGCUGUCUAUAAUAUUCCUCCUUUGAAGAGAUAUCCUUACCUGAGGUUAGGGGAGAAGGGGCAGUUUCUAUAUAGCUGCUUGCAGCUGAGGAGUGUGGGUGUAGGGGAGACUGCAGUCAGAGGCCUUCUAGUUUAUCUAAAGGGCCUUGAUAGAAGUCAUGUUGAAGUUUAGCAGUUAUGAACUCCCUACACAAAGUUGAUUUUGUGGAUCCUGGUGAAAGGAGUCUGGCGCAUUUGUCAUUGGUGCCAUCUGUGUGAUCACUUGGAGUUUGGCAGACUCUAGGUAAGAAUAAACAAAUUUUCCAUGAAAUUCAAGCAUGUAUAAUCAAAGCAUGAACACUAGCAUGGAAAGGCAGGUUGGAGAAAGAGCCAUAUCUAGACACUGCUCUGAAGGAACUGAAAUAAGGAUUGUAACCAGCUGGCUCUUAGACACUUCUGCUGAUGGAUAUUAUCUGACAUUAUCUAUAAGUCUGAUAUUUCCUGUCAUAAGUCCCUCUAGUUUUAGCUGUAAUAAGAUGAAAAGUUGGGUAGUUUUGAAGGACAAUUUUAACUGAGGAAUUUAAAGACCCUUGCUAAACUGUUAUAGUUUUCACCAUAGUUUUUUUUAGCCUUACUGAACAGUGGUCAGCCACCAGUGGUCAGCCACCAGUAUAGUUGGAAACUGCCAGAAGGGGUCAGUGAUUACAGCCCCUUUUUAUAUAUAGCUUUUAUUACUGUGAUAUUAUUUUAAUAGAUCUUUCAGUUAUGCUUUUCUGCUGGUGUUUAAGACAAAGUGGAAGUAACACUUGUUAAUCAAAUUAACCUCUGCUAUCUAUCGGGGUCAGUUAGGCCUCCUCGGUCAUUACUUUGAAACCAUGUCCAGAGCCUCUCAACUCUUCUGUCAAUCUCAGCUAUCAAGAUGGGUCAUGGCAUUGCUUGACCAUGUUGCUUUCUGUGGAAGCAUGGGAAACUUUUCUCUCUUGAUGACUCUCUUUUUUUUUUUUGGCACACUGUAUAUUCAUUGAUUCCUAUUCUCUGGGAUCCUGCAAUCUCCCUGUUCAGGAGGUUGUAAAAACCAAAGUUGUAGAAGAUCCUGUAGAAAAGUUUCCCCCCUUUCCUGGGUCCCUGUUGACCUUAGAGAGCCAAGGCAAAAAUAUUGGCUGUCCUCUUAACCCAGUUACAUUUUUAGUUUUGGUCUCCAAACUUUAGUUGUUGAACACCCAGAAGAGAA